UGUAGUGACCAUGACAUUUUACUCCAUCAAACAUCACAUUCAGACUUGUACACAUUUUGUUUUACUUUGCACCCGUCCAAAGCCUAUAUAUACUGGACUGCGAUUUUGAACCAGGUCCGCCAUCUUGCCCGCGCGUUGCCGGCUGUUGCGCUCCUACGUGGUGUUACUCAUUGCUUCACCAUUUUCUCCCAUUGUCCUCAAGCUAUAUUCACAUAGCUAUUGUACAUAGCUAUUUUCUCAAGACAAUCUUUAUAUCCCGCCGUCUUCUGUCUUACCGGGCUACGAAUUUCUUGUGUAGCAUUCGUCAAGGCGCUACAUAAUUGGUGACCCCAAUCGCAUUCCGGUGAGUUCGUUCCAUUUUUUUGGUUUUUUCCACGCAAGCCAUGACGUCAGUUUCUAAAAAGUGUGAAGAUUCACAGUCGGUGCAAGCGGUAUCUCUUGUAGUUCCACCAUUUAUUGAAAAAGAUCCCGUUUUAUGGUUCAUGAUUUUAGAAGCUGAGUUUACUUCUAAGCAUGUCACUAGCGAUUCUGCAAAGUUUAAUCACUUGCUAACACGCCUGCCGACUGAUAUUACUUUAGCACUACGUGAUCUUAUUAUUACAUCUUGUCCUCCUGACCGCUAUAAUUCUCUCAAGAACGCGGUAAUAAAGCGUGUUACUCCCUCAUUGAAGUCCCGCCUGCAUAAACUUUUUACUGGUCUACAGCUAGGUUCUAGUAAGCCAUCCGCGCUAUUGCUAGAGAUGCGUGGUCUUCUUCAAGGAUUGCAUAUGGACGAGUCGCUGCUUCGAGAGUUAUGGCUUCAGCGUUUGCCUGAAAACGUACAAGCUAUGCUAUCGCUUGCGAAAUCGCAGCCUUUGUCAGAAGUUGCAGAUAUUGCUGAUGACAUGAUGGAUCGCUUCACCGGACCACCGUGUCCGUCGUCUAGUUCUCUUCGCUCACCUGACGUAGGUUUUACUGUUGACCCUUCGGUCCAAACCAUCGACACCGCUACUCCACCUUCGACUGGUGAGCUCUUAGCAGAGAUAGCCGCGCUACGGCAAGAAGUUCAAAACUUAAAGUUACAUCGGCACCCACGGGAUUCUCCAUCCCGUUCCCCUAGCCCAUCUCGAAGACGAACACGACUCCCAAUUUGCCGUUAUCACGCACGUUUUGGAAGUUCCGCUAGAAAUUGUAUAAAACCAUGCUCAUUUCCCGUAACGAGAAAAAGGACAGGCCGACACGUAUUGGCGACGAACGCCGUCGGCCGAAGUCGUCCAAAUCGCCUCUUCAAAAUCGUUGAUAGGAACACUGGGAUCAUGUUCCUGGUUGAUACCGGGGCGGAAGUUAGCGUGAUCCCACCGGUUCCAGGCGACGCGACUAAGCCACAGACAACCAACUUGCGUGCCGCUAACGGCACCGCUAUCCGAGUUUUCGGUCAACGCUCCCUUACCAUUGACCUCGGACUACGACGUCCCUUUCGAUGGAUUUUCACCAUCGCUGCUGUUCCGUUUGCUAUAUUGGGUAUCGACUUCCUCCAACACUUCGAUCUUCUCGUCGAUGCGCGUCAUCGCAAACUCGUUGACCAAAAGACCCAGCUUUUCACAUGUGGAGUUCGCACACCUUGUGUUUCUGUCACUCCCAUUUACAUUCAGCCUGAAGCUGAUAAGGAAUUUUUAGAUCUGUUCAGACAGUUUCCGCAGCUCGUCCGCUCAGCUGACGCUACUCUUCCGGUCGCAUCUAGCGUUACGCACCAUAUACGAACCCGUGGCCCACCGGUUUCUGCACGGCCACGACGUCUCGCCCCUGAUAAGCUAAAAGCCGCUAAGGCGGAAUUCGAGCACAUGCUCGAACUUGGUAUCAUCCGUCAUUUUCGUCCUUUUCUAGAGGGCAGAAGCUUUACCGUCUUUACUGACCACAAACCUUUAGUUUAUGCCCUCGACUCGUCAUCGACCUUAACGCAAUCUACAGAGCCACCUGUAACGACGCCCAGCUUUACAGCUCCACCACAAUCCCAGUCACCCGAUUCGCCUCAAACUAAUACCAGUCACGGUAGAAGAGUUCGUAAACCUGUUCGUUUCUCCGAUUUUGUCGAAUUCAUCCACACCUCAUGAAUCUUUUUCAUUUUCUCUCGUUGUUUGUAUUAUGCUUUUCCGUAAAUAUCUGAAUCUGUCUCCCCGAGUUUUUUCCCCCAUCUAUCAGGUAAAGUCAUGAGGCUGGCACGUUUGGGUCCGUCCGUUCAAUGGUUGGCUGUUUCUCAAUUGUUUGGUCGUUUGGAUGCUUUGGUCUACCCCCAACGCUUUGUCGUCUCGCCCGCCCACGUUGGCCUUUGGAUCGUGGUCUGCUUGGCUCAAUUUGGCUCGCCUUGGUCGUUUGUCUGGCUCGCCUUCCUGGCUUUGGCUGCUCGUGUGCCUGGCUCGUUGUUUUUGGUCCCCCCCACGGCUCGCCGGUACGAACAGGAUUUCAGCUUCGUUGUGGCAGUGGAUUGGAAUGCGGUGGGGGGAGUGACCUCUCCCAAGCGCACCGUCUUCAGCAGCGGUGAAAGGUCCUACCGGCCCUUUUUCUGGAUUAUCCAGUUUUUUGUAGUCCGGUGUGCCCGCUGGGACGGCCCACCGAUGAUGCAUUCCAAUCCACAAGAAGAUUAAAUAAUCCAAAUACAACCGAACUCCUGUGAUUCUGCCUUUAUACAUUUGCAAGCCAACAGCGAUCGAAGUCCUCGUCCCUCGGCCUUCUAGGGGGAGGCCUGUGUAGUGACCAUGACAUUUUACUCCAUCAAACAUCACAUUCAGACUUGUACACAUUUUGUUUUACUUUGCACCCGCCUAAAGCCUAUAUAUACUGGACUGCGAUUUUGAACCAGGUCCGCCAUCUUGCCCGCGCGUUGCCGGCUGUUGCGCUCCUACGUGGUGUUACUCAUUGCUUCACCAUUUUCUCCCAUUGUCCUCAAGCUAUAUUCACAUAGCUAUUGUACAUAGCUAUUUUCUCAAGACAAUCUUUAUAUC